CUCUUGAGACCAACUCACCUCUGCUUUGUUCACGUUGACGAACCAGGCUCAUUUUUCAAUCUUCCUCCCGCCUCCCCCCCCACAAGCCUCGUCGAAGAGGGCGAGAUAGAGCGAAAAGGAGUCAAAGGAAGCAGGCGCAGAGAGGAUGGUCCGGCCCGCAAGAUUGGCUGCCCUGCUGGGCAGUCUGGUCCUGGGUUCAUCGCUGGCGUCGGCGGCAGGGACGCAGGACCGACCUUUGCCCCAGAAACGGACAUAUGACUCGCACCACUACUAUGCUGUCGAUCUGCACAGUCGAGAACGCCAUACGGACCCAAGGGACAUUGCCGAAGUGCUUGGCGUCGAGCUCGUCGAGCGUGUAGGCGAGCUCGAGGGUGUCUGGCUCGUCCGGUCGGAGAAGCAGCUCGACAUCGCCAAACGGGGCGCCGGAGUGGAGCUCGAGGGGGAGGACCGUGUACUGAAGAGAUGGACAGAGCUGAAAGGCGACGGUGCUCAGCUAGUGACGAGGAGCGAAGCGCUUCAUCCUAGGCACCUCGCCGCUGCCACGGCAAUUCGAUCCGUUGAGAAGCAGGUGCUGCGAAAACGGCAUAAGCGCGACGUCAUCUAUUCUCCAUGGGACACCCCUCAGUACUAUCCCCAGGUCCGUGCUCCUAUCCCGGGUCCGGAGCCUCAACCGUAUCCGGAUCCACUGCCCCCACCAACAAGCGGGAGCAUCGACAAGAUUGGCGCCAUGACGAGCAAAUUUUCUAUCCAAGAUCCCAUCUUCAAGGACCAGUGGCAUCUCGCAAACAACAAGAUUAACGACUUCGACUUGAACAUUACAACUGUCUGGGAGGAUGGCAUCACGGGCAAGGGCGUCCGUGUCUGCCUCAUUGAUGAUGGCCUCGACUUCAAGAGCCCUGAUCUCAAGGAGAACUUCUUCGAGGCCGGCUCUUAUGACUUCAACGCCCACACCGCGUUGCCAGAGCCAAGGCUGUCCGACGAUCAGCACGGGACGAGGUGCGCAGGAGAAAUUGCGGCUCUCAAGAACGACGUCUGUGGUGUCGGCGUGGCCUAUGGAGCCAAUGUUGCCGGUGUCCGUAUUCUCUCUGGACCCAUCACCGACGUCGACGAGGCGGCUGCGCUCAACUAUCGCUACCAGGAGAACCACAUCUACAGCUGCAGCUGGGGCCCGCCAGACGAUGGUCGAAGCAUGGACGCACCCAAGGGCCUCAUCGCCAAGGCUAUUCUCAAUGGUGUCCAAAAUGGCCGAGACGGCCUCGGAAGCAUCUUCGUCUUUGCCGGUGGCAACGGAGGCGCGUCAGACGACCAGUGCAACUUUGAUGGCUACACCAACAGCAUUUACAGCAUGACAAUUGCCGCCGUCGAUCGAGAGGGCUUGCAUCCUUACUAUUCGGAGAUGUGCGCAGCCACGAUUGCCAGCGGCUGGAGCUCUGGCUCGGGCGAUCACAUUCACACGACCGACGUGGCAUGGAAUGGCGUCAAUCGGUGCACGUCGACGCACGGAGGAACCAGCGCAGCGGCGCCCCUCGUUGCUGGUGUCGUCGCCUUGGCUCUGGAAGCGAGACCAGACUUGACCUGGAGAGACAUGCAGCACAUUGCUGUCCACUCGGCUCAAAUGAUCAACCCAGACGACAAGGACUGGCAAAAGACGCAGGCCGGCAGGCAUUUCAACCACAAGUACGGCUACGGCAUUAUCGACGCAAAGAGGUUCGUUGAUGAGUCGAAAAAUCACAAACUGGUCAACCCUCAAGCUUGGAUGACUGGGCCAAACAUCACGAUUCCCAAGGACCAGACAUUCAUUGGCGACGGAGGCGUAAAGAGUACGUUCACGGUGACAGAGGAGAUGCUCAAAGGUGCCAACCUGGCUGCAAUCGAGCACGUCACUGUCCGCGUCUGGAUCACACACGAGCGCAGGGGUGAUGUCAAUGUUGAGUUGACGAGCCCGCACGGAACGAGGUCCGUCCUCGCGCGAUCCCGGCGCUAUGACGAUGCCACGACGGGAUUCCCAGGGUGGGGCUUCAUGACACUCAAGCACUGGGACGAGUCGCCCGUCGGUGAAUGGACGAUGGAGGUGUUUGACAAGUCUCAUCCGAAGAAGACGGGUAACUUUUGGGCCUGGGGAAUGACGCUCUGGGGUGCCAGCAUCGACCCGCUGAAAGCCAAGCCUUGGAACUUUCCCGAAGACUCGGUCGAAUUCCACGAGACGCUCGAGGGCGCGCCAGCCACCACGUCGGUCCAUCUCCCUCCCGGCUACACGCCCAACCCGACGGGUGCCGACGAAGCCAAGCAGAGGCCAAAGCCGACCGAUCAUCUGCCCGACGACCAUGGCUCCGCGCCAGGCGAGUCUCACCAAGACUUUACGAAUGGCAAUGCGCCCUCUCCCGAGGCGGACACCGGCUACCUCUCUGGCCUGUCGAAAAAGAAGUCGACGUGGGUCUUUGCGGCCAGCGGCAUCGUACUGAUCUUUGCGGCGAGCGUCGCGGCCUUCUUUAUCCUCCGAAGACGAAGGGCUUCUGGGCGAGGCGGGCGAGGCGGCAGGAGAUCCGCGGGCGAAGGAGAAGGGUACGAGUUCAUCCCAGGCGGUGAUGAUGACGAUGAGGAGGACAAUGUCGCCAUGGCUUCGCUGGGCGGCGCUGGGAAAUUGGCCCGGGCGGCCGCUGCAGGCGCCUCAAAGAUCAAGGGCAAAGGCGCCAAGAGGACAAAGGAGCUUUACGAUGCGUUUGGGGAGGCCAGUAGCCAGGAGGACGAUGACGAGGAUGAUGCAUUGGUCGGCGGUGGUCAACAUCCGCAAAAGUACCGAGAUCUGCCCGUGUACGAGGACGAGGAGGGUGAUCAGAGAUUCACCAUUGGCGGUGCGGGAGGUGGAGACGACACCAACGACUCGCGGGGCGGACAACUGCUUUUCGAUGCAGAAGAAGUCCACGACGAGAAGCAGGGAGAGUCAGAGGAAGGGAGCGGAGGCAGCGGAAGCUGGCAAGAUGCCGGGGCCGAAGCAAAGGAGUAAAAGGGAAAGAGGUUGCCAGAAUCGCAGCGCAGCACAGGAAGCAGCAGGAGCAUCAUCGCUUGCGUUUCCCCCAUCUGCUCAAAAAUGUGUGCAAAUCGCAGUUACACUACUAAAUACAUUUCUUCGUUCUCACCUCGCUGCUGCUCCUUUUUCGCAAAUUUCCCCUGCCCAGUGGUAGAAAAGGGAUCUGAUAGAAUUACAACAAAGAAUGGAAGA